AUGCCUACAGAUUCCCUGCUCGAAAGGGAUCACGCGGGAAGAUCCUUUCACGACUUUGCUUUAGCCUACGACCUGACACAAAUGGUCCCUGCGAUUACGCGAAUACCAGAUGUGGAUGGUCAUAAACCCUCUUUGUUGGACCUUCUGCUGACUUCACAUCCGGAGAACUAUCAAGUCUCUGUUGACCCGCCAUUGGGUUCAUCGGAUCAUUGUGUGGUCCGGAGUACUGUGCCUUCUACGCGCCCUUCACGGCCCCGCUUUAUGGAUUGUCGCCGUAUUUGGCACUAUAAGUCAGCAGAUUCGGACGGGAUGCGGUCUUUCUUUGCGUCCUACCCUUUGGGGCCUAUGUGCUUUUCGCCGGAAGCUCCAGAUUCCGUCGCCGCCUCUGUCGCCGAAGUGGUUCUGCAGGGCAUGGAACUCUUUAUUCCAUUUUCUGCGGUGCCGAUCGGUGGCAAGUCUCAGCCCUGGUUUAAACGUUCUUGCAAGGCGGCCUCGCGUCGAAAGCGAGAAUGCUUUAAUGGGAGGAAGCGGCGAAAUCUCGUGAUGCCAAUACCAGCGAACUUAAAAAAGCAUAUAACUCAGCCUCCAGGGACUCGAGCCUUCUGGUCUCUCGCUAAAGCUGUCCAAGGGAAUUUUUGUCAGCCCGCCAUUCCGCCACUGCACAGGGAGGAUGACUCUCUGGCCCACACUGCGAAGGAGAAGGCUGACCUUUUGGGCUGUCUCUUCGCGUCCAACUCGACUUUGGAUGACCGAGGGAGAUCACCACCGACCAUUUCGCGAAGUGAUUCUUCGAUGCCGGAAAUUACAUUCCGGCAACGUGCUGUCCGCAAAGCACUAUCUUCCUUGGACAUUCAUAAGUCGAGCGGGCCGGAUGGUAUCCCCCCAAUUGUGGUGCGUACUUAUGCUCCUGAGUUGGCUCCGGUCUUAACGCGCCUUUUCCGGUACCUGUACUCGCUCGGCACUGUCCCGAAGUGCUAG